AUGACUUCGGACAAGUGUAACUUUCUGGAGGGCUCGCAAAGCAGAAUAGGAGCCAUGCUGACAUCUAAUGUUUCCAAGUCAGCGGGGGGAGAAAACGCCACCAGGACUGACGCUGCUUGCAGUUACGUGUCGGUGGUUUUCCCCAUCACCAUGAUGGCUACGGGCAUGGUUGGCAACUCUCUGGCUCUCAUCCUGGUCUACAUCUCCUAUAGGAAGAAGGAAAACCGGAGGAAGAAAUCCUUCUUGCUUUGCAUUGGCUCUCUAGCCCUGACCGACCUGUUUGGCCAGCUCCUAACGAGUCCGAUAGUGAUCUCGGUUUAUCGGUCCGAUUUGAGUUGGGAGCGCAUCGACUCAUCGGGCAACUUGUGCGCCUUCUUCGGCGUGUGCAUGACCACUUUCGGCCUGUGCGCGCUUUUCAUGGCCAGUGUCAUGGCCAUCGAGAGGGCCACAGCUAUCACCAACCCGCACUGGUACUCCAACCACAUGAAGACCAGCGUGACCAAGCAGACUUUGGUGGUCAUCUGGUGCUUAGUGUUGCUUUUCGCCCUCCUGCCAGUCGCGGGAGUCGGGAAGUACACGCGCCAGUGGCCAGGAACGUGGUGCUUUAUCAGCACCGGGGACAGAGAAGUACCAGGCAACAUCUUUUUCUCCUUCACUUUUGCCUUACUGGGGAUUUUCUCACUACUUGUCACUGUGUCCUGCAACGUGGUGACCAUUCGCGGCCUGAUUAUUCGCUGUAAAACCAAGUCUGGUACGUCACAGGCCUCCAAACAUUGGGAAAGACUGACUACGGAGACGGUCAUUCAACUCAUGGGGAUUAUGUGCGUCCUGCUUGUGUGCUGGUCUCCUCUACUGGUGCUGAUGUUGAAGAUGAUCUCCACGCAGGUGUCCUCCCAUGAAUGCAAUUCGUCAGAAGAGAGCUCCCAGCCCUACUCGGUGCGAGACGUCCAAUUGGACUGCAACUUCUUCCUGACCGCUAUUCGCUUGGCUUCGCUCAAUCAGAUCCUGGACCCAUGGGUUUAUUUGCUCCUCAGAGAGAUCCUCCUUCGCAAGUUCUGCCUAGUGGCCAACGCUGUAUCCAACUGCUCCAUAGAGGAUCAGAAGGAGACCCAAACAGCUUUGGAUGCACUAAAUAAGCAGAACCAAGAAAGCCUCCAGAAACCACAAAGUAACAAAGGAGACCUAUAA